UCGAGCGGACAACAGGUGGUCCCAGGUGAUCGCGCUUCGCAACGAAAGUGAUAAAUUCCGAAUAAAAACAAAACCCAGAAACGCGCGCGGCUUGUUUGGUUUGUUGUUGUUUUUGUUUGUUGCUUUUCUUGAGCAAUUUGCGGUGCUUUUUUGGUGCUGCUGCUGCUGCAACCGCGAGUGAGAGAGCGAGACAAAGCAAAGUUCGAGUUGAUUUUUCGGUUUUUAAUAUGUGAUGUUAAUACAAAAAAUCAAGACAAUCGAGAAAACGUGUUUACACUUAUAAUUCGCUCAAAGAAAUUCAAAUGGAAGCUGUCGCCCGAGUGCUGAUCUUAGUCACCGCCUGCCUGCUGGCCCCAGCCACAGCUCAGGGACUGUACUCUAUCAUCGCCCCAAAUACAGUGCGUCCCAACUCACAGUUCCAUGUGGCUGUUAGCUUGCACAAUGCACCUGAAUCCGCCAGAUUCAAGGUGGGCAUCCUGGGCAGCACCUACACGGACUUUAAAACCGUAGAGCUGAGACCAUUUUCCACGCAGCUCUUACACUUUGAGAUUCCUGCCCUAAAACCUGAUAGAUAUCGCCUGACCUCCGAGGGCGUUGGUGGCGUUCAAUUCACCAAUGAAACCCAACUGCAUUUCGAGGCCAAGGAGCAUACGGUGCUGGUGCAGAUGGAUAAGAGCAUCUAUAAGCCCGGCGAUCUGGUGCACUACCGCGUCCUCGUCCUAGAUGCCAAUCUGAAGCCUGCAAGGGCCUAUGGACGUGUCCAUGUGGAUAUCAAGGACUCGGGUGAUAAUAUAAUCCGGAGCUACAAGGAUGUUCGCCUGACGAAUGCCAUUUACUCGAAUGAACUGCGACUGUCGGACUAUCCCAGGUUUGGAACCUGGUCCAUAGUGGUGGAGGUGUCAGAGCAAAUGCACACGCAGACUUUUGAGAUCCUGGACCAUAUCCUGCCCAAGUUUGUGGUGGAUAUCGAUACGCCCAGGAAUGCCAUUUACAAGGAUGGCAAAAUAGUAGCCACCGUCAAGGCGCACUAUGCCUUUGGCCAGCCCAUUGUGGGUGAGGCCACUCUGUCCAUUUACCCCACCUUCUUUGGCUCCCUGCAGCCCUUUGUCAAUGAUCUCAUCACCCGCAAGGUGGUGCCUAUCGAUGGCAAUGCCUAUUUUGAGUUUGAUAUCGAGAAUGAGCUGCACUUGAAGCAGGACUAUGAGAGGCAGUAUCUGCUGGAUGCCUUGGUGGAGGAGAAGUCCACGGGCUCUGUGCAGAAUUAUUCCACAGUUAUGACCCUGCACUUGAAUCACUAUCGGGUGGAGACCAUCAAGGUGCCCAGCUACUAUAUACCCGGGGUACCCUUUGAGGCUACAGCUCGCAUAGCUCGUAAUGAUGGGGGUCCUUUGAGGGACUUUAAUCCCCAGAUUGAAGCUUAUCUCACGAAUGUCUAUGGCAGCAGUGAGAUGUACAAUCGUUCGUCCUACAGCCUGGAUGCCAGUGGCGAGGUUAAAAUGAAGUUUACAGUGCCUAUAGGAGACCAGGAUGAGUUCCAUUCCAUCAUUGUUGAUUACCAAGGUGUGAUUAGUGAGGUGGGCAAGGUGCCCAGGAAACAUCUUCACAGCAGGAACUAUAUCACAGCCAAGGUGUUGAAUGAUAAGCCCACUGUCAACCAGGAGAUCUCCGUGGUGGUGCGCUCUUUUGAGCCCAUUAAAUACUUUAUGUAUCAGGUUGUGGGUCGCGGCGAUAUUAUACUCUCCCGCAGCGUGGAUGUAAGCGAAGGCACUUUUCACACUAUCAAAUUCCUGGCCUCCUUUGCCAUGAUGCCGCGUGCCAAGCUGCUGGUUUACACUGUAAUAAAUGGGGAGUUUGUUUACGAUGAGCAGAUCAUACAAUUGCAAGAAAAUCUGCUAAAUGCGGUUCAAAUCGAGGCCCCCAUCCGAGCACCACCUGGCCAGGACAUCGACAUAGGCAUCAGCAGCAAACCCUACUCCUAUGUGGGUCUCAUGAUGGUCGAUCAAAAUGCCGCCUCUCUCCGAAGUGGCCACGACUUGACCCACCAAAGACUCAUGGAUGCCCUGCGCUCCUAUGAGCUAAGUGAUGUCAACUCACCUGUGGGUUCACCUGGCAAGGAAUCGGGUGUGAUAACCAUGUCCAACACCGACUAUUUUGUGGAGAAGGAGGCGGAGAGUACUCCUGCCAUAGGACGUGAAGCCUCCACGGGUCCUGAGGAGGACAGACUGACCACCGUGCGCAAGACAGACAUAGGACCCGCCCACAAGAUCGAGGUUAAUACUCUGCCACCUGGAAAGGGUCGCUAUGCCUUCUCUUACACACCCAAACCCUUCUGGCACAAUCCGAGGGUUCAUGUGAUGAGGCAACCGGCGGACACCUGGCUCUUCCUUAACAUCUCGGCGAGCAGUGAUGGCAGGAAUUCGAUUCACCGCAGGAUACCCAGCGAGAUGACCUCCUGGGUGGUUUCUGCCUUUGCCUUGGAUCCGGUUAAUGGCUUGGGACUCUCCGCGCCCAUGGGAAAAAUGGAGACCUACAAGGAGUUCUACAUCACCACGGAGCUGCCUUACUCCAUCAAGAGGGAUGAACUAAUAGCCAUUCCUUUUGUGGUGCACAACAACCGGGAGAGCGACCUGAGUGUGGAGGUCACCUUUUACAACUCCGCCCAGGACUUUGACUUUCCACAACUGGAUCCCAAGGCCACGGACAAGCCAAAAGUCGAGCUCACUAGCCGCCGCUCUCUUAAGGUUCCUGGCAAAUCCUCCCGUUCGGUGUCCUUUAUAGUCACGCCCAAGCGAGUGGGUGCUCUGCCCGUCAGGGCCAUGGCUGCCUCCUCCCAGGCCGGCGAUACUGUGGAGCAAACCCUGCUGGUGGAGCAUCCCGGAGCCACGGAGCGUGUGAAUCGCGGCUUCCUUUUUGAGCUCAACUCGAAUGCCAGGAAUAGGAGGAACGUGACCAUCCAAGUGCCCAGGAAUGCCAUACCCGAGUCCACCAGCAUCGAGGUGUCGGCUGUGGGCGAUCUCAUUGGUGGUAUUGUGGGUAAUCUGGAUAACUUGAUUCUACUGCCCACGGGCUGUGGGGAACAGACAAUGGUCAACUUUGUGCCUAAUCUCAUGGUGUUGCGGUAUUUGGGGCGCCUACGCCAACUCACCCCGGAAGUGGAACUGCAGGCCACCAACAACCUGGCUGUGGGUUAUCAGAGAAUCCUCUACUAUCGCCAUGAGAAUGGAGCCUUUAGUGCCUUUGGCUUGGACGCCAAAAGGAGUUCCACCUGGCUGACAGCCUAUGUGGCCCGAUCCCUGCGUCAGGCGGCUCCCUUCACCCAAGUGGACAGCCAUGUCCUGCAGAGUGCUCUCGUGUAUCUGGCCAGUGUGCAGUCCGGUAAUGGUGGCUUCGAGGAGCAUGGCGAUGUCUUUGAGCGGUUUGGCGAUGAUGGCAUUAGUUUGACGGCCUUUGUGACGCUGGCGCUGAUGGAGAAUGUGGAUCUCUAUCCGGAGUAUCGGAAUAACAUCAACAAGGCCUUGGACUUUAUCACCCGGGGGCUAGAUGGCUCUAAUAAUCUCCAUGCCAUGGCUCUGGGCACCUAUGUCCUGACCAGGGCCAAUCACAAUGCCAAGGCUGCUUUCCUGCAGCGCCUGGACUCGAUGGCCAUACAAGGAGAUGGUCUUAAAUGGUGGAACAAGACUGCCCCCGCUGGUGAACAGCAAUCGCCUUGGUACAACACCACCCGGAGUGUCAAUGUGGAGAUCUCCGCCUAUGCCGCCCUGGCUCUACUGGAGAACAAUCUAGUGGGCGAUGCCUUGCCUGUUUUGAACUGGUUAAUGGAUCAGCGUAACCCCAAGGGCGGCUUUGUGGCCUCUCAGGACACGGUGGUGGGUCUGCAGGCCUUGCUCACCUUUGCCGAGCGCUUUUCCAGUCAGGGCAACAAUGUCCAGGUGGGUUUCCACUAUGGAGAAGGUGCCGAAACCAUUAUAAAUGUGAAUGCUGGCAAUUCACUGGCCCUGCAGUCGGUUGAGCUACCCAACAACCUCAAGAACCUAAGCAUCUCGGCCACUGGCCGCGGCAUGGCCUUGGCCCAGGUUAGCUACAAAUACAACACAAAUGUGACCAGUGCCUGGCCUCGGUUUGUGCUCGAUCCCACCGUGAAUCGUAACUCUCAUGCGGAUUAUCUCCAUCUGUCGGCCUGUGCCAGCUUCGUGUCCGUGGUGGGCGAGGAGGAGCAGCGCUCUAAUAUGGCUGUGAUGGAGGUUAGCCUGCCCAGUGGCUUUGUCGUCGACCGAGACACGCUGCCCACGCUGGAGUCGAGCGAGCGGAUCAAGAAGGUGGAGACCCAAAAUAAGAACACCAAGGUGGUGAUAUACUUUGAUUACCUGGACAGGCGGGAGGUCUGUCCGACUCUGCAUGCCUACAAGACGGUCAAGGUGACGAAGCACCGACCGGUGCCGGUGGUCAUGUACGAUUACUAUGACAGUGCUCGUCGUGCCCGGCAGUUCUACAGGGCGCCCAAGUCCAAUAUCUGCGAUAUCUGCGAGCAUGCCAACUGUGGAAAUCUGUGCGAAAAGGCCGAGAAGCGAGAGUCCAAGCGGCCGGAUGACUACACGGCAAUAGCGGGCCAUAAUUCCAGUCCAGACUCUGUCCAAGCUAUGCCUGGAAUGGCGACCUUGGUCCUGGCCACGCUUCUCUGGAGAAUGUAGUGCUGUUUAGAGGAUAUUAUAUUGUUAAUGUUAAUAACCAACAAGGAAAUCGAAGCUUUAACACACACAAAAAACCCACUCACAUAGUCCGUAAGCUAGCCGUAAUGAAUGCCGUGAACUAAACCUGAGCUAAAUGUACAUUACAUCGAAAAUGAUGCUAAAAGUGUUGCCAAUAAAAGUGUUAUAACAAUUAC